AUGGCCAGCCAGUGCAACCUGCGCUUGAGUCGCGAGCUACAGCAGCUGGAGAAAGGCGACCAGCUCACGAUGACUGUUCGAUAUGAUGAAAAGGAUGUCCGCAAGAUAUCGGCUAUUGUGAUGGGGCCCCCAGGCACACCGUACCAGCUGGGCUUUUACGAGCAUGCCGCGAAUUAUACAGUUUUCCUUCAAGUUUCCUCCGGGUCGGACGGUCUUCUCUUAGUGAAGAUGAUACCACCGCUGACAUCGAAAGUAGACUACCCCGGCAGCCCCCCCGGGGUCAUGUUCAUGACGACCAACAGAGGCAGGACUCGUUUCGGCCCUAACCUUUAUGCGGGCGGGAAAGUCUGCUUGUCCAUCAUCGGAACGUGGGAAGGCCAAAAGGGAGAGCAAUGGUCCCCAGCCCAGGGGUUGGAGUCCGUGCUGCUAUCCAUCCAGAGUCUUUUAUCGACAAAUCCGUACGUGAACGAGCCAGGAUUCGAAUUGGCCGUGCACAGUCACGACAAGGAGAACAUGGAAAUCUACUGCGCAAAGAUCCGCCAUGAAAACCUGCGACUCGCUGUCAUUCAGCCACUCGAACGAGCCCUGAACAUCAGCAUAACGGACCGUGACCCCGAACCUCUGUCGAUGCUGCAACAAUUCGCGGUGCCCAACCCGGUGAUUGAUGACCCAAAGGAAGGAAAGAACAAGCUGGUCGAUACCACUCAGAUCUGCCCAUUUGAUGACUAUCGCAAGCAGCGAUUCCUGUGGUACGUGGAUCGAUACAUGAAUCUGGUGGACGAGGCGAUCACGAAAGAUGGAGGCCGACACAAAACCCGCUUCCCACUGAUGCCAUUCGAAGGCGGCGGCAACUGCAUGUCAGGCACCUGGGAUUAUCCGCAGUUGAAGCAGCGCCUGCACAGGAUUUGGCACAGGCUCACGCAGGAGACUGAGAGCUGGGCGAUCCAGGGGUUGGAAGCGUGGAAGACUGCGGACACGACCGCAUACAGCAUCAAGUACCAGUAUGAGCAGAUCGUGUCCAACUUGAAGCACCGUUCGGACGCUGUUCUCGAUUUGUCUUUGGUGGAUGGGAAUCCCUUCAUAUGGAAGCUCACGUACUUCGGGCGGCCAAUGACGAAUCUGGAUGGCGGAAUUUUCAACAUCAAAAUUCGAAUAAGCCCCCGACAUCCUCAGGAGCAGCCGCGGGUGAUGGUCGACACUCCGAUCCAUCAUAUCCGGGUAUCACCGAGGGGAGUCCUGAUCUACCUCCCGGCACGUGCAGACGAGAUGAGCCGACAUGUCGAGGGCAUCAUCAACGCAUUCGAGAACGAAGGUCCCGCCUACAACCCGCUCAUGAUUGUGAAUCCGGAAGCGGACAGCCUGUUCUGGGGUGGAACGGAGGCGCGCAAGCUAUACAACCGCAAGCUUCGUCGCACGGUUGAAGCGAGCGUGGUGGAGUGA